AAACCCACGCUUCCUGCUCUGCUCCGCCUCUGGGUUUGGUCAUCAACCAAUAGUAACGACCGUCCGGUUUCAAUUCGUUAAUCCCGCGAAUAUUAAUAGUAGUGGUACAAUCAGAAUGGGAAAAAAUGAACCGUCAGAUUCAGAAGUUGAAUCGGAGAAGUUAAGCGAAAGUGAAGAAGAAGAAGAGGAGGAGGAGCCUGUGAAUCCCAGCAAGAAUGUGGCGAAGCAGGGGAUAUCACACUAUGAGAAACAGAGGUUAUCGAGAAUUGCAGAAAACAAAGCCAGAAUGGAGGCUUUAGGACUCCAUAAAAUGGCCACUUCCUUUAUGGGUUCUGCUCAGAAAUCGAUUCAGUCUCGGAAAACGAAUCACCGUAAAGGGAAAGGAAAAGUCAUUGAUGAUGAUGACGAUUAUAGGCCCAAUGAUGAUGAUGAUGUUGCUGACGACCAAGAUGAAGAUGUUGAUGAUUUUGAAGAGGACGAGAAUGAUGAAGAUUUUUUAGAAUGUAAAACUUCUUCAAAGUCUCGUAGAAACAAGGUUAAGAAUAAAGGUUCUAAACCUAAGAAGAAAAUUCCUUGUCAACCGCAUUUUGACAGUGCAGAUAACAUCGGUGAAGUUGAUGAUGAAUUAACGCAGGCAAUUGCUCUUUCCUUACAAAAUUCCGUAGAGGAUGCAACACUUAAAGAAAGAAAGGGAAAUGCUAACAUGCAAGAGGAUCCAGGGAAAAGGAAGAGAAAAAAAUCAUUCAAUGAUCGGGUGAAGAUGACUGAGGAUGAAGUGGUCUUACAUUUCUUUCAGCUUGACGCCGCAGGAAAUGGGUGUCUAACAGUUAGAGAUCUACGAAAUAUAGCAACUGCACAUGAUUUUACAUGGACAGAUAAGGAAUUGGCUGCUAUGAUACAUUGCUUUGAUAGUGAUGGAGAUGCUAAGCUAAAUCUUGAUGAUUUCCGUAAGAUUGUUAGCCGUUGCAACAUGAUCCGUGGUUCUGAAAAUCAUUGAUGAAUAUGAAAUCUUUAUGAACUAUGAUGUAGCAUUCAAUUUCCAGGUGUGGCAAGGAAAUGACAUUCACAUUUCUCUCUCUGUGCCUCCUUUGUUGUCAUCUAUUGACACGUGAUGUGUAAUUGUAUGGGUAUUUGUUGUGAUUGGUCUAGUCGGAUGACCAAAUGUAAAUUUAAUCUGAUUCAGGAAAGUUCUAAGCUUCUGGGAUAACAGACAUUGAAAUCCCGAAUAUGGUAUUCCUGCUUGAUGGGCCAUCCCAUGCGGAGUGUAGCGUUCUGAUGCCUUU